AUGGAUAACAUCAACAACAACAAUAACAACAACAACAAUAACAAUAAUAACAAUAAUAAUAAUAGCAACAACAACAAUGUUAGAUUAACACAUUCAUCAUCGAUAGUUCAUAAUAAUAAUCGUACAACAAGUGUAGCUAGUGCUGUACCACCUGGUGUAUUGGGUGCAAGUGGCUCAGAUGGUAGUCUGGGGAGUAGUCAUAGUAGUAGCAGCACUGGUAACAGUCCAGCUACUGGAAACACACCAACACAUGGCAGUGGCAGUGGCAGCGGACAUCACUACGAAAGACAACAUCAUCAUCAACAUCAGAGAAACCCUUCAAUCAACAUGAACAACAACAAUAACAAUCUCAAGAAGAAGGAGUAUCCCAAGACCAAGGCGUUCUACACUGAUGAGCGACAUCAGGACAACGCCACGCCCGACCAAGCUCGCACCAAGAUAUCAAAGUGGAGAAUGAGGGAGAGAAUGAAGACUGUUAGCGUAGCAUUGGUAUUAUGUUUAAACAUUGGUGUUGACCCUCCCGAUGUGAUCAAGACAUAUCCUUGUGCAAGGAUGGAGUGUUGGAUCGACCCACAGAGCUCACAGCCGCCACAAAAGGCACUGGACCUGAUCGGAAAGACGCUGCAGGAGCAGUACGAGAAGUGGCAGUCAAAGGCAAGGUACAAGCAGUGUCUUGACCCAACGGUCGAGGAGGUCAAGAAGCUGUGUCUGUCGCUUCGACGCAAUGCCAAGGACGAGCGAGUGCUCUUUCACUUCAACGGCCACGGCGUGCCAAAGCCGACAACCAACGGCGAGAUCUGGGUGUUCAAUCGCACGUACACACAGUACAUUCCGCUGUCUAUAUAUGAGCUGCAGACCUGGAUGGGCACGCCAUCCAUCUACGUGUUUGAUUGUAGUGCGGCAGGUCUGAUCGUGAAUUGGUUCAACAAGUUUGCGGAGCAGCGCGACAAAGAGGCAGAGCGCGCAAUGGCCGCUGCCGCCCCACCAACGCCAAACGGCGCACCCCCUGGACAGCAGCAACAGCAACAACAGCAGCAACAACAGCCGGUCGGCUCACAUCUUCACGAUUGUAUAUUGUUGGCAGCUUGCUCAGCCAACGAGAUACUUCCGAUGAACCCCGACUUCCCCGCCGAUAUAUUCACGGCCUGUCUCACCACACCGAUCAGGAUAGCGCUGCGGUGGUUCUGCUCGCACUCGAUACUUAUUGGCAUCACCCCCGACAUGCUUGAUCGCCUGCCUGGCAACCUCAGCAGUCGCCGCACGCCCCUCGGCGAGCUGAACUGGAUUUUCACGGCAGUUACUGACACGAUCGCCUGGAAUGUACUGCCACGCAACCUGUUCCAGAAGCUCUUCCGCCAGGACCUGCUCGUGGCCAGCUUGUUCCGCAACUACCUGCUGGCCGAGCGUAUCAUGCGCUCAGCCAACUGCACGCCUAUCUCCUGCCCCAAGCUGCCACCCACAUACCAGCACCCGAUGUGGCAGGCGUGGGACCUGGCCGCCGACCUGGUCAUCUCACAGCUGCCCACGCUUCUGGCAGACCCCACCGCCGAGUUCAAGUCCAGUCCGUUCUUCACAGAGCAGCUGACAGCGUUUGAGGUGUGGCUGGACUUUGGCCACGAGAACAAGGAGCCACCCGCGCAGCUUCCGAUCGUGCUGCAGGUGUUGCUCAGCCAGGCACACAGACUGCGCGCACUCGUGUUGCUGGGCAAGUUCCUGGACUUGGGCCCAUGGGCGGUCAACCUGGCACUCUGCGUCGGUAUCUUCCCCUACGUGCUCAAACUUCUACAGUCACCUGCCGGUGAUCUCCGUCACAUCCUCGUGUUUAUCUGGGCCAAGAUCCUGGCACUGGACAAGUCCUGCCAGCUUGACUUGGUCAAGGAGAAUGGACAUGCCUACUUCAUCUCGGUCAUCUCUUCGCCCAUGGUGCCGGCCGAUCAACGAACAAUGUCGGCCUUUGUUCUCUCGACCAUUUGCAACAACUGUCGCCCAGGACAGAACGCCUGUUUGAUUGGCGGUCUCAUGCCCGUGUGUUUGGCCCAGAUCAAUGACCUGGACCCAAUGGUACGUCGCUGGAUGAUCCUCUGUCUGGCCAAGAUGUGGGAGAACUUUGAGGAGGCCAAGGCCGUCGCGAUCAAGGAGAACGCACACGAGAAGAUCUGUCUGUUGCUCACAGAUAUCUGUCCAGAGGUGCGUGCCGCCGCCGUCUAUGCACUGGGCGAGCUCAUUGGUGGUGCCGAGGGCAACGAGCAAAGAACACACAUCGAGCUGAACUUGGGCCUGACUCUGCCCGUCAUCACAGCCGACUGCUCACCAAUGGUGCGCAAGGAACUGGUCAUCUCACUCUCGCGUAUCGUCAGCGCGUACGAAGCCAACUUCCUUUAUGUGGCCAAGGAGAUUGCACAAGAGGAGAAGCUACGCGUGCAGAUGGAGGCCAAGCGACUGGAGGAGGCCAAAAAGAACAAGAGGAGAACGGCCAAACUGGGCGACUCGCUAAGCGACGACACAAACAGCGACUUUAAUCGACAAUCAUCUUCGCAGAGCUCUGUCUAUGGAUGUCUUUGGAAGAUCAUCCUGAACCUAUGCAGCGAUCCCCAUGAUCAAGUGUCUCAUCGUGCUCUCUCGAUUGUAAAGCGCAUCCAGUCGUUCUUCCCAACCGAGGAGAUCAUCUCGCCCAGCCUUACCAAGUCGGCGUCAGGUCUCACCUCGUCCACAACCUCCAGCAUCAAGAACACCUUUGUGAAUAUAUCGCGAAUCACCAAGCAAGACCCGCGCUCCCCAUCCAAGGCCAAGCUGGGCCAGCAGCGCGCCAUCUCACCCAACCUCCCCAACAACCCCGCUUCACCCAUCCAAGGCAACCUCGGAAGCAGCACCAAUGGCACACCCAACAACCUGGCACAGAGCUUCAGCGGCAUGCUUGGCAUAUCCUCCUCGCUCCCAACCGAUCUUGGCAACAUACUUGAGGAGGAUGAGCUGUACUCUAGCUUCUACGAAUGGUGCUGCUCACACUUCUCCAAGCCAAUGAUGCAGCCCAAGGAGGACCUCGAGUCGCCCAUGUCCGUGGAGAAGAAGUGGAGGUACCAGCGCAACGAGUCCAUCGUCAAGGACUCCCUGGACUCGGUUCAGAACAUCAUCAAUCAGAACUCCAAGUCAUUCCCGCAGAUUGGCAUCUUCUCCGAGAACAACGGACAGCCCGUCUCGCUACUGGCAUUCCAUCCAUUCGAGAGCCUGCUGGUCACAUCAGAUGGACAGGACAAUAUCAGUGUGUGGAACUGGGAGGAGUCGACGCGUGUCAACACGUUCUCUAACGGCAAUCUGCCAGGCACACGCAUCACCUCGAUGAAGUUACUCAAUGACUUUGACGCGAGUAUGAUUAUCACAUCGGCCAACGACGGCGUCGUCCGUCUGUGGCGCGGCUACGAGCCAGAGGGCCGACUCAAGAUGGUCAGUGCAUGGAGAGCUUUCCCCGAGUACGUGACCACUGGUGCCGAACCCAUCGGACGUCUCGUCCUAGAUUGGAAGCACGACAGCGGCCUGGCAUUGAUCAGUGGCGAGACGCCAGACUUUACCAAGAUCAGAAUAUGGGACGUGGAGCGCGAGCUCUGCAUCCAGGACAUCAAUCUGCCCACGCAGGGCAACAUCACUGCACUGACCAACGAGAAGGGAGGACCACUGUUCGCCGCAGGCUUUGAGGACGGUGUGGUCAAGAUGUUCGAUCACAGGAUACAGAGCAAACAUUGCUGUGUGGCCACAUUCACCGAGCACAAAUCAUGGAUCGUAAACGUGUCGAUGCCAUCGAGCCAUGAGCGCACCGUCGUCUCUGGCGCUGCCAGCGGAGAGAUCAAGUUCUGGGUGCAUGGACGCGAGUCCUCAUCCAACACCAUCCUCAACACAGACUUUGGUUUGAUUUCAUCGCUCAGUGUGCACGACUCUGCACCAUUGAUCGCAUGCGGUUCGCUCUCACAGAAGAUCAGAGUGCUCAACUUUGCAGGCGAAGAGAUAAGCAUCAUCAGAUAUCACGAAGGAUUCUUGGGUCAGCGCAUUGGUCCAGUCACAUCGCUUGCCUUCCAUCCACACAGUGUCAUCCUUGGUGCCUGUGCUCAGGAUUCAAUCAUCAGUAUAUACUCUAGCGAUUCGAAGCCCAAACCCGAGGCCUAUUAA